GACCUUCCUAAAAAGCUUGGCCUUGUGUAUGCAUGCGAGCUGCUUGCUCUAGCCAUAUGCCACGGGCGAAUUAUCGACAUGUUGAUUGGUUGUGACGAUAUUAGCACUACUGCAAGAUGUAUGCCAGUGUGCCGCUUGAUGCAGUGUAACCAAAAAAAUGGAAGAAAAAGACAGACGGCGUCCGAACUUUCUUGAGAUGUUUGUUAGGAUCCGAGGUUACUCUUGGUGGUAUUUGUGAAUCUACACUGUCGCCAUGAGAACUCCGUUCAUCCUCUCGCUGGCCCUUUUGGCAAACCUAAGCCCCGUUUCAGCCCAGACAACAGUCAAAGGCAAGGCAUUCGACCGCAUAGCUAUAAUAUGGCUUGAAAAUACAGACUACGAUCUCGCAGCCGGCGACCCAAGCCUAGCAUGGCUCGCGAAAAAGGGCAUCAGUCUGACAAAUUACUUCGCCGUCACACAUCCCUCCAUGCCCAACUACGCAGCCGCGAUAUCCGGUGACUACUACGGCAUCAACCACGACAGCAUGGUCGCCAUUCCUUCCAACGUCUCCACGCUCGUUGAUCUACUGGAGGCCAAAGGAAUCAGUUGGGGCGAGUAUCAGGAAGACAUGCCAUCUGUUGGCUUCCAAGGAAAAUCUUAUCAGAACCCUCAAACCGGAGCGAACAUGUACGUGAGGAAACACAACCCAGCCGUUUUAUAUGAUUCAGUGGCACAAAAGGCGGACCGGCUAGCCAAGACAAAGCCAUUGACCAUGUUCAAAUCGGACCUGGAAAACAACAAAUUACCGCAGUGGAUGUUCAUUACACCCAACAUGACCAGCGAUGGUCACGACUCCACCGUCACAGUCGCAGGAACCUGGACCCGAAAAUUCCUCGAACCCCUACUAGCAAACAAAACCUUCAUGAACAACACCCUCGUCCUCGUCACAUUCGACGAAAACCACACCUACGGCAAGCAGAACCGCGUCGUGGGCAUCUUACUCGGAGACGCCGUGCCCGCGAGCCUCGUCGGCACAAGCGACAACACGUAUUACAACCACUACAGCGAGAUUUCCACCGUGCAGGCAAACUGGGGUCUCGACACCCUGGGCCGCUGGGACGUAGGCGCAAACGUGUUCAAGUUUGUAGCUGCGAAGACGGGGGAUGCGGUGCGAGCGUGGUCUGGCAAGGUGCCACUGAGUAACAUGUAUUUCAAUGCUUCGUAUGCGGGUAAGCUGAACAACAAGAAUACGUCUGUGCCGUGGCCGGUACCGAAUACGAAUGCCGUGUAUGCGGGGAGAAGCGUGUUGCCAGAGAUUGCUGAUGUAUGGGGGAAGCAGGUUGAUCGGUCUGCGUAUACGACUGCGUUGGAGAUUCCGGAUGGGAUGCACCCGGAGGCUGAGUUUAAAUAGUGGGAUAUUUUUGUUGUAUAUACAGAGCCCGAUG